UAUUUUAAAAAAUCAGAAUGGGUGCCAGAAAGCUCAUGAUGACAUCAUCACCCUAAACCCAGCCCUAGUGGGACUGUCCCAGCCCUUGGGCCACCCCCCUGAAAACCCCUGGGGGUUCUUGGCUCUUUCCCACUCAGGCAGGGAGGUGGCUCCACAUCCAGCCUGUCCCUGGUCAGUCCCUUCGAGGAUGUCCACGGGUGGGGGCUACCUCCCCAGAAGCUGAGUUUUGGUCUCUGUGGCCUGGAGCAAGGAGGGUGGCUGGCAGGGAGUGGGGUGUGUGUGUGCGUGUGUGUGCGCGCGCACGCUCGCGUGCGCCCAUCGCUGUGGUUCACAAGUAUACAGGCAUUUUCUGUGUUGGUGCCUGCGUCUCUCCACCUCUGUUACUCUCUCAGUCUCUCUCCUCCCUGCUCUUUCUCUUUCUCACUGUCAUCAUCCCCCUCCCCAGGGUUCCCCCUCCAUGCUGCAGCCGGAAGGAAGGCCCUGCUUGGAAAGGCCACAGGGUCACCACUUCUCCCUUUCGUGACUCUUCCCCCUGCCCCCACCUUUGGGGCCUUCUGCACCCGAGCCUGGGGUGGCUGGUGAAGGGCCUGGGGGCUCCUCCUCUGUCCCUUCCUGGCUCUUCUGGCCCCACGAACCAGGCAGUGAGUCAGAAGGGGAAGGGGAAGUGGGGGGCCUCCACCGGGGGCUGGGCUUUCCGCUGGGUGGGACCCAAGUCCCCUGCCUCCCUGAGGGUGCUCCCUGCCCCAGCCCCUGAGAGCAGAGCGGGCCAGAGCCAUGGCUGUGAGACUUGUCCUGGUCCUUGCCCUUGCCCUCUGGGUGAGCAGCCGGCCCUGCCACGGGAGAGAAGCAGCUCCCACCCAGCCCAGGCUGCGGUGCCAGGCCUCCAGGUACCCGAUCGCCGUGGAUUGUUCCUGGACCCUGCCACCCACUCCAGCCUCCACCAGGCCCACAUCUUUCAUUGCCACAUACAGGCUUGGCAUGGCUGCCCAUGGGGAGAGCUGGCCCUGCCUCCAGCCCACACCAGAGGCCACCAGCUGCACCAUCCCGGAUGUCCUGAUGUUCUCCAUGGUGCCCUAUGUGCUCAACGUCACAGCCAUCCACCCCCAAGGCAGCAGCAGCAGCUUGGUGCCCUUUGUCCCAGAACACAUCAUCAAACCGGACCCUCCAGAAGGCGUGCGCCAGAGCCCCCUCCCUGGGCAGCAGCUUUGGGUGCAGUGGAAACCCCCCCGCUCCUGGCCCUUCCCGGAGAUCUUCUCCCUCAAGUACUGGAUCCGCUACAAGCGUCACGGAGCUUCCCGCUUCCGCCAGGUGGGGCCCAUUGAAACCACAUCCUUCACGCUCAAGGCUGGGAGGCCCAAAGCCAGGUACUGCAUCCAGGUGGCUGCUCAGGACCUCACCGACUAUGGGGAACCAAGCGCCUGGAGUCUCCCUGCCACUGACUCUGUGACCCUGGGCAAGUAGUGGGGGGCAAGGGGCUGGGCCCUUGACAUCCACCUAAGGGUGAAUGGGACCCAUCUGAUCUGGGUUGCUGCUGCUGAGUUGCUGAGUGCUGCUGCCGAGUUGCUGAGCCACCUUGCACAAGUGACUUUGCCUCUCUGAGCCUCAGUUUCUCAAUCUGUGAAAUGAGCAUGAGCUCCCUCCUUCGACACAGAACAAGGCUUUGGGAACUGUGACCAUGAAAUGUUUUUGUUAUUUAAUUAAAAAAGGAUCAUUGUCACUGGAA